AUGGAAGGGUGGGAAGAGUGGGAAGGUGUGGAAGAGUGGACAAAAGAGGAUUCUGAAAUUACAAUCAUGCCAUGCCUUUGUGAGUUAAGAAUUUUCAACUGCAAAUUGCUAAAAGCACUGCCAGACUUCGUCUUCAAAACACCACUGCAGACUCUUUGCAUCGCUGGAUCUGAGAAACUUUUAGAGAGUUACCAAGAAGGGAAUGGAGAGUGGGCCAAGAUUUCUAGUACGAUCCCAAAAAUCCGCAUUAUCAGAUACCGAAAACAAAAUUUAGAAAUCAAUCAAUCAAUCAAUGUUGUCGUUAAUCUUGUCUUGUAUGAUAAGGUCAAGAGUGCCUUGCGACCGCACCCAGAUUCGGAAUCUUUAUGGAUUUACAAUCAUAAUGGCACCACGUGGCCCAAUUGGAUACAGUCUUUACACAAUUUGAGAUUCCUUAUUGUUUCUUCGAGUACACAUUGUGAACUUUGGCCUCUUGGGAAAUUGGAGUACCUUGAAAGACUGACCCUAUGGAAUAUGCUUAAAGUGAGAAAGGUCGGUGUUGAAUUUUUGGGAUUAGAAGAUCAAACCUCAUUCAGAAUCAGAUCACCACCCCUGAUAUUAUUCCCAAAAUUGAAACAACUCUACUUUGCACACAUGUGGGGUUGGGAAGAGUGGGAAGGCGUGGAAGAGUGGACGAAAGAGGAUUCUGAAAUUACAAUCAUGCCACGCCUUUCUGAGUUAACAAUUCGAGGCUCCAAUUCGCUAAAAGCACUGCCAGACUUCCUCUUCAAAACACCACUGCAGACUCUUGAGAUCUAUGGAUCUCCCAGACUUUUAGAGCGUUACCAAGAAGGCAAUGGAGAGCGGGCCAAGAUUUCUGCUACGAUCCCAAACAUCUGCAUUAUCAAGGACUCUAUUGAAGCAAGCAGAGAAGAUCCAAUAACUUCGUGAACACAUUAUUUUUGGUUUUUGUAAGCAGAAACUUGGUGAACA